GUCUAGCGAUUACCGUAAACCGUGUCUGAGUCUCUGACGUCUGAAUGUCAUAAAAUAUACUUCCUUUGUUUAUGUUGUGAAAUUCUCAACGAUUCAUGAUAACACGUGGCUGUCGGUUUGUGAUACUGUUGAUAGUAUAGAUUGACAAGUGGUCGUCAUGCCGGGUCGUGGUAGACCUAAGACAACUGGUAAAUCACAUAAUAAGAACAGCAGUUCAUAUAUUCAUGGAAAACGCACAAUCGAUGGCUUUAUUAAGUCUACAGGCGGGGGAAUGGGGAGGUUUAUCACACGACAGAACAGUCAGAAGACGUCAGACGAUAUUGUUGACAAGGUCGAGGUCAUUGACUUGUCGUCUGCAACAACUGCCUUACAGUUGCCAGCUGUGUGAGGACAUGAAAGCAGAGACAUCCAUGGAUGGAGAGACCUCAGAAGCCUGUGUGAAGAAAGAGGAGACGCUGGAGCUGAAUAUCUACAGCUAUGGAGACGAUCUCGACAACCCACCUGAAGGUCUCUCCGUUAAAGUGGAAGAUCCUGAUGAUAAAGACCAUCUCUACUGUGAAGUUUGCAAAUCCUUCUUCCUCAACAAAUGCGAGGUUCAUGGACCACCCCUCUUCAUCCCCGAUACUCCUGUUCCCAUGGGAGUCCCUGACCGAGCCAGACAAACACUUCCUCCUGGGCUAGAAAUCCAGAAGUCCAGUAUUCCUGAUGCAGGCCUGGGAGUGUUUAAUAAUGGGGAGACUGUUCCAGUAGGUGCACACUUUGGCCCCUGCCAGGGAGAGCUGGUGAACCGAGAGGAAGCCAAGAACAGUGGAGACUCCUUGGUUGUAUACAGGAGCAUGCAGUGUGAAGAAUACAUCGAUGCCAAAAGAGAGACGCAUGUGAAUUGGAUGAGGUAUGUGAAUUGUGCCCGUAAUGAAGAAGAACAGAAUCUUGUGGCAUUUGAGUAUCAAGGGGGAAUUCUGUAUCGUUGCUGUCGACCCAUUAACCCAGGACAGGAGCUCUUGGUGUGGUAUGAAGAGGGGCACACCAAAGAACUCAGUCCUGCACCUACAGGAACAACCAGACAGCAAGAAGUAAAGAACGCUCUGCUGCAAGUCAUUUCAUGCUCCACAUGCCCUCAUUCCGAUGCAGCUCCAAUUUACCUCGACAAGCAUAUCCAGAGAUGCCACGAUGAAGAGUACGUGAGACUGCGAGAAUCAGGAGAGAUUAAAUAUAAGCUUCAGAUCCCCUCCAAAUGCUCCAGUCGUCAACCAACAUCAACUGAUAUUAUCCAUUCUGAUACUUCCCAUAAUGAUAUACAGAAGGAAAUUCACCACUGCUCAGAUUGUAGAAAGAGUUUUAGUUAUCAGAAUGCACUCAAGACACAUCAGUGCAGUCACUCAGGAGAGAAGCCGUAUCACUGCUCACAGUGUGGAAAGAGUUUUACUCAUCAGAGUGAUCUCCAACGACACCAGCACAUUCACACAGGAGAGAAGCCGUAUCACUGCUCACAGUGUGGAAAGAGUUUUAAUCGUCAGCGUCAUCUCCGACUACACCAGCGCAUUCACACAGGAGAGAAGCCGUUUCACUGCUCACAGUGUGGGAAGAGUUUUCCUCAUCAGAGUCAUCUCCAACGACACCAGCGCAUUCACACAGGAGAGAAGCCGUAUCACUGCUCACAGUGUGGAAAGAGUUUUAAUCGUCAGAAUCAUCUCCGACUACACCAGCGCAUUCACACAGGAGAGAAGCCGUUUCACUGCUCACAGUGUGGGAAGAGUUUUCCUCAUCAGAGUCAUCUCCAACGACACCAGCGCAUUCACACAGGAGAGAAGCCGUAUCACUGCUCACAGUGUGGAAAGAGUUUUACUCGUCAGAGUCAUCUCCGACUACACCAGCGCAUUCACACAGGAGAGAAGCCGUUUCACUGCUCACAGUGUGGGAAGAGUUUUGCUAGUCAGAGUCAUCUCCGACUACACCAGCGCAUUCACACAGGAGAGAAGCCGUAUCACUGCUCACAGUGUGGGAAGAGUUUUGCUCAUCAGCGUAAUCUCCAACUACACCAGCGCAUUCACACAGGAGAGAAGCCGUAUCACUGCUCACAGUGUGGGAAGAGUUUUACUCACCAGAGUCAUCUCCAACGACACCAGCGCAUUCACACAGGAGAGAAGCCGUAUCACUGCUCACAGUGUGAGAAGAGUUUUACUCAUCAGAGUGAUCUCCAACGACACCAGCGCAUUCACACAGGAGAGAAGCCGUAUCACUGCUCACAGUGUGGGAAGAGUUUUACUCAUCAGAGUCAUCUCCAACGACACCAGCGCAUUCACACAGGAGAGAAGCCGUAUCACUGCUCACAGUGUGGGAAGAGUUUUACUCAUCAGAGUGAUCUCCAACGACACCAGCGCAUUCACACUGGAGAGAAGCCGUAUCACUGCUCACAGUGUGGGAAGAGUUUUACUCAUCAGAGUCAUCUCCAACGACACCAGCGCAUUCACACAGGAGAGAAGCCGUAUCACUGCUCACAGUGUGGAAAGAGUUUUACUCGUCAGAGUCAUCUCCAACGACACCAGCGCAUUCACACAGGAGAGAAGCCGUUUCACUGCUCACAGUGUGGGAAGAGUUUUGCUAGUCAGAGUCAUCUCCGACUACACCAGCGCAUUCACACAGGAGAGAAGCCGUAUCACUGCUCACAGUGUGGGAAGAGUUUUGCUCAUCAGCGUAAUCUCCAACUACACCAGCGCAUUCACACAGGAGAGAAGCCGUAUCACUGCUCACAGUGUGGGAAGAGUUUUACUCAGCAGAGUGCUCUCCAAACACACCAGCGCAUUCACACAGGAGAGAAGCCGUUUCACUGCUCACAGUGUGGGAAGAGUUUUACUCAGCAGAGUGCUCUCCAAACACACCAGCGCAUUCACACAGGAGUGAAGCCCUAUCACUGCUCACAGUGUGGGAAGAGUUUUACUCAUCAGAGUGAUCUCCAAACACACCAGCGCAUUCACACAGGAGAGAAGCCGUAUCACUGCUCACAGUGUGGGAAGAGUUUUACUCAGCAGAGUGCUCUCCAAACACACCAGCGCAUUCACACAGGAGAGAAGCCGUAUCACUGCUCACAGUGUGGGAAGAGUUUUACUCAGCAGAGUGCUCUCCAAACACACCAGCGCAUUCACACAGGAGAGAAGCCGUAUCACUGCUCACAGUGUGGGAAGAGUUUUACUCAGCAGAGUCAUCUCCAAACACACCAGCACAUUCACACAGGAGAGAAGCCGCAUCACUGAUCACAGUGUGGGAAGAGUUUUACUCAGCAGAGUAAUCUCCAGCACAUUCACACAGGAUAGAAGCCGUAUCACUGCUUACAGUGUGGAAAGAUGUUUGCUUGUUUAGUUACAUUUAAUUAGUUUAGUUUAUUAGUUUGUUUGACAGGGACCAUGCAUAGAGUAGCUUCUGUACCAGGGUUAGCUAAUUAGCUAAUUUUCACCUGCAGUCCCUGGGCAGGAAAAAAGAAAUAAACAACUAGACAUUACAAACAGGAUUAAAAACAACAAAUAGAAACUAAGUAAAACACACAGAUAAAAUAAAUAAAUAAAUAAAUAAACCAGAUCAAUGAUUACAAGCUUGAUUGUCCUUCAGCCAUGCCUUCAGGGACUUUUUAAAACUUGUAAAACUUGUAGAGUCUCUGAUAUGAUGUGGGAUUGAGUUCCAUUUUCUGGUUGCUUGAUAAGAAAAUGCUGAUUGUCCAAAACUGGUUUUCUUAAAUGUUGUGUAGCAGUCGCCUCUCCUUGCAGCCCUGGAUACCCUAACAUUAUCUCUGCAAUAUGACACACAUUGCUUAAGUGGUGGUGCAAGAUCAUGUGUCAGUUUGUACAUCAAGCACAUGUCAGAGAACCAAAUAAAACUGUCAAAUGUUAACAGGUUAUGUUUUUUUAUAAUGGUACAGUGGUGAUAAUGUUUUGUUUUUUUAUCAAACACUUUCACGGCCUGUUUAUAUAGGGAGUACAAGGGUUUCAGAGUGGUUACCCCUGCCUGAGACCAGCUUGUAGCACAGUAGGACAAAUGGCAGAAAAUCAUUGAAUGCAUAAACAGUUUAGCAGCAUGUAAGGGUAGCUGAUGUCUAAUAUGUCUAAAAGUAAUCAAACUCGCUCUAACAUUUCUGGAUAUCUUCUUAAUAUGUUUUUUGAAGUUUAGAUUGGAAUCAAUGAUUAUGCCCAAGUAUUUGAAGCUGUCAACAACUUUAAUUACCUCUCCUUUGACCAAGAUGUCAAAUUGUUGC